ACCCCGCCAUAUUUCUCAGCAAAAUCUUGCUUCCUCCCUCGAAUUUUACAUCUCCACUCUCCAAAUCUGAUCCGUUGUUCACUCAAAAUUUCUUCGGCUAGUUUGAUCCUGGUUUCUGCGAUUUUGAAACAAAAGCUUGAAUCGAUCCUUUCCAGUAAGUGUCUACAAUUUCAGGGGUUUCAGCUUCUUAGUGGUUAGGGCUUUGGUUUCUCGAUCUUUCGUUUCUACUUUGAAUCGAUCCUUUCUAGGAAGUUUCUCCAAUUUCAGGUUUUCAGCGACACGAAUCGAUUCAUUUCGGGUACUAAAUCACCAGGUGACAGCGAAUUUGUCUUCCCAGAGACGGAAUGCAAAGCCAAAGCGUAUGUACAGACCUGAUUUGUCUUCUUCUCAAGAUGGAUGAUCUGUCACGGUUAGUAUACAAUGAAAAUAUAGUUUGCGGGAUGAGCACAGUCAAUCAAAUAGUGACAAUUGGUUAUUCUACUAUUAAGUAGAGAGAAAAUACUUUGUUAAGUGGUCAUUAUAUUAAAAAAAUUUGAAUUCUGCAAAUAAUUUACUGAAAAAGGUAGCUUCUUGGCCUCUUCUUUAUGCCAGGUUAAAAACAUACUUGAGAAGCACAGGAUAGUUUGCAAUUUUUGCUAAUUAUAUUGAUUAAGAGACUGCUAAUACAGGAUUGCUGUUUUGAAGGUAUCCAAUACUCCAAAUAUGGCCAAGUGAUGGACCUCUUGUUAUCACAAAUACAGGGGCAACUCUGAGUUCCUUCCACUUCAGUUAUGGCUAAAUGGACGGGCGUGGAAAAUUAAGAGAUUUAAUUUUUCCGUAGGAAUGGCCCAAACAGGUAGAUAUCGAAGAAUGGGUUUGAUGCAGUUUGAUUUUCGUUUGGGCUGGGCUUACAAAAAAGCCUUAGUUGACGUACUUCAAAAGUCGACGCUUCUGUUCCCCACCAAUGGGCAUGAGCCAUACACAACCCGGUUCAAUCCCGGGAUCAUGAUUCGUGAACGGAUGAACCCAUUUAGAGCAUGUACAAUGGUGGUGCUUUAUUUGCUUGUUCUUGUCUCAAAAUAAAAUAGGUGAACUUUAUAAUUCACCUUUUUCAUCAAUCAAGGAGAGGUUUUAAUUUGACUUUCCAUUACAACAACUUUGAUUGAAAAUUUUAAAUUUGUUACAGGUCAAACAGUUGCAAUGCAGUGAUCCCUCAAGACAAGCUUAAAUUUUGCUUUAUUUAAUGAAUACCUCUAAUAUAG